AUGGCCACUUCUGCGCAGUCUGAUCAGGCUGCUGCUUCUUCAGAGCCACAGGCCGAUGCGUGGGAGAAGUCAAAAGCCACGUUCCAAUCGAAACGGAGUUCCGAGUACUACGACCCCUGCCAGGAGUUUGCGAACAGGAGUAUCAAAUGCAUGCACAGAAACAAAGGAGACAGGGAGAUGUGCCAGGACUACUUCAAAGCUUACCGCGACUGCAAGAAAGAAUGGACGGCAAAACGGAGAGCUGAAUCAGGUUCGUGGUUCGGUUGA